AUGGCCGACUACACAACACCCCCUUCAAGUCAGGGUCAGCCAGCCAGGUCAAACCCACUUGCACCCGUCGCCUACACUCCCCAGAGCACAUACGUCCCUUCACCGAAGAACGAAAGGAACAAGUCCAUCCACCACCCAAACCCCAGCAACAACAGCCCUUACCGCUACAGCACCAGCAGCAACCUGUCGCAUUCCAAUACCGCCCUGGACGAGCCAAGUCCUUCAGCUCAGUACCCCCCCUCCCCACUUCAAUAUCAGCAUUCAUCCCAGCACCAGGCAGACCACCACCCUUCUCCUCUCCAGCACCACCCUUCAUACCAGCAGCAGCAUCAACAACAUCAGUAUCAGCCGCAGCAGCAUGGAUUCUCCAGGCGUCCUUCUGAUGCACAGUCUAUCCUAAGCAGCAAUGGUUCGGUCAGAGAAUCGCCCUCCCAGCGUAUCUUGGCGCAGCAGCAACAACAGCAGCAACACAUCAAGCUUGCACAAGUUAACGAGCACGAGGCCAGUGAACCCCGGCAGUCGUUCCAGUUCAAUAUCAGGAGCCAGGAUGGCUCAAUGGCAGAUAUCCAGCAAGAUGUCUCUAGUCUCAAUAUCUCCUCGCCUCCUCGAUCGCGGCCUCAUGACAACGUCAACAACUCAACCUCUCAGCAGCUUCCAACAAACGCCUUCAACCCCCUUCAAAGCUCACAGAAACCGCAUCAGAACUACUCGUCCCAUGAGCAGCAGCAACAGCAGCAGCAGCAACAUUAUCAGCAUCACUCCCACCCAUACAAUGAAAGUCAUGCCUAUCCUCAGCCGUCGCCUACUCCCAGUACUGGUAGUAAGCUGUACAGGACCUCCACAGGAUCUUCCACCACCCACACUUCUUGGAGUCAACCCUCGUCCCCCGGAUUUCCGCCUCCAUCGUUCAAUGGACAGCUCCAGGAGUCGGUCGAGUCUGGCGAGCCCGUUUAUAUCUCGGAAGCUGCCCGGCUCCUGCUCGACUUCAAUCCCAGUAUUCUCUCAACUAUUGCCGUCGCUUUCCGGGAAAAGAUGUUGCAGAACGAGUCCAAGAGGCUCGAGUCUGUCAACUAUGACCUCGAGUUCCCUUGUACCUUCACAGGCAAAGAGACGGUGGAUGUGAUCGUCGAACUGACCAAGGUCGAGGACAGAAGACAUGCGCUGGCGAUCGGUCGGUCACUGGAAGAACAACAGCUAUUCUUUGGCGGUGGAACCCUCUACGACUCCAACAACGACUUGUACUUUUUCACCGAAAACACACUUGCCUACAUCCCUGGCAAGUCAGAGUUCCCAGCGGCCCCUAUUGGAGUGUUCCCUCAUAGCAGCCGGUGCUACUCUUACGACUGUCAGCCUGGUAGACCUCCCUGUUACUCGUAUCUUUGUCCCAACCGCCAAAGCAUCUCGAGUAUGUUGGGGCGGACGAACAGUGACAUUUCGACGGUGACCACGACUCAGGAGAAGGUGUGGGCCAACUCGGUUUCUCCCAGCGUCGUUGCCGCAGCGUCAAAGAAGGAACGUAACCGUCAGGAAGCCAUUUUUGAGGUUAUCCACACGGAAGCAAACUACAUUCGCGACCUGGAGCUCUUGCAGGAGAUUUUCAUCAACCCACUUAUGGCAGGGAACAUUGUAUCUCCGGAUAAACUGGAGACCCUCAUCGAGGAUGUGUUCCUCAAUUUCAAGGAGAUCCUCGAGCUGAACAAGUUGCUCUUGGCGGAUCUCAGAGCACGCCAGGAGCAACAGCCGCUGGUUGAGAACAUCGGAGACGUGUUCUUGCCUCACAUUGCAGGGUUUGAGGAGGCUUACAGCCGGUACAUCCCCCGGAUCGCCUUGUCAGAGUUUGCGUACAAGAAGGAGGCGGCACAGAACCCCAACUUCAAGGCGUUUCUGGAUAACUGCACCCGUCACCCAGAGGCUCGUCGUCUUGGUCUGAGACAUUUCAUUGGUCAACCUUACCAGCGUAUUCCCCGAUACCCCCUCCUGCUGAGCGAAGUUGUCAAGAGGACUGAUGAGGACGUACCCGAUCGUGCUACUGUUCAGGCGGUCAUCAAGGUCUGCACGGAGCUCGGAAAACGCAUUGACUCUUGCAUGCCCGAGGGCAACCGACAGCUGCGAUUGAUGAACAUUCAGGACAGGAUCAUCUGGAAGUCGGGCGAAGCACCGCAGGACUUGAAGCUUUCGGAGAAGGGACGCAAGUUCCAUUUCGAAGCCCUUGUUAAGCGACGAUCGAACCUGGAUUUCCAGAUGAUUGAGCUUCGACUCUUCCUCUUUGACCACAUGUUGAUGAUGACCAAGGAGAAGCGCGACAAACAGGGCGAAAAGGAGGACAUGCUCUACCAAGUCUCCAAGAAGCCGAUUCCAUUGGAGUUGGUACAGGUGUGGGCGGAUGAUGGCAAGCCAGUGCCGGUUAUGAAUGGACGUGGAGAUGCUGUUCCUGGACGGAAAUUGAACAACAGCACAAAGUCGACAAGCUCGGGACAUCGCCAUUCAACCUUCAUUGCGCCACACGACAUCAGGGUCGGCUUCCAGGAGACAAAGUAUGUUGCGCCCGUGACGAUCGAGCAUCGAGGACGACGAGGCGGUAUCUACACGAUCUACAUGACGGCGAGCGAUAGGGAAAAUCUUUUGGAACAGAUGCAGAUUGCGCAGGCGCGCCGACAGGAAGCCGUUUCGGGCUCGCACUUGUUCAAGAUGCAAGUCAUCACCCAUUACAACGCCGCACCUCCACUCCCUUCCUCCAACCUGGUUCACAACCCCAUGGACGGUCGUCGCUCGGCCUGUUCAACACCCUAUCUCAAUGUUCUGGACGGCAAGCGACGCGUGGUCAUUGGAACAGAGGAAGGAGUAUAUGUCGGCAUGGAGGAUGACCCUUUCAGUUUCCGGCUUGCCCUGCGUGAGGCGAGCGUCAGUCAAGUCAGUGUCUUGGAGUCUUACCACAUGUUGUUGGUUCUUGCGGGCAAGGUCUUGAAGGCAUUCAACCUCAGCUGUCUGGAUCCCAACUCGGACAAGUCGCUCCAGGUCGGUCAGCAGCUCGGCAAGAGUGUCCAGUUCUUCUCGGCGGGCACCUGUGCAGGCAAGACGUUGGUCAUUACGAUGAAGAAAAAGAACGGAGGCGAGAGUCACUUUUCCGCAUAUGAGCCUGUCGAAAAUGCAGUUUUGGGAGGGCAGCACCGCGGAGGAUUCAGUCUGUCGUCAUUCAAGUCUAACAAGUCGGACUGGUUCAAGUUGUACAGAGAGUUCUACGUCGGCACGGAUUCGUCGCAGCUGCAGAUGUUGGCUAAGAUGGUCUGUGUGGUCUGUCCCAAGGGAUUCGAGAUUGUGAUUCUGGAGAACUUGAACAAUACCCAAGAGUUCCCCAACCGACACGAUGAGGCGUUUUCGUUCUUGGAAGCGCGACCCGGAAGUGCUCCUAUCAGCAUGUUCAAAAUCAACGCCGACGAGUUCCUCAUGUGCUACUCAGAUUUCGCGUUCACGAUGACAAAGAAGGGCGAGUUGGCCAAGAAGGAGUUGAUCGAGUGGGAAGGCCGCCCCGAGUCCUUCGCAUUGGCGCCUCCGUACAUUAUUGCGUUCGAGGCCGGGUUGAUUGAGGUUCGACACAUCGAAACAGGAGCAUUGGAGCAGAUCAUCCUGGGCAACAACAUCCGUCGACUGUACUCGAAUGUCGAGAUCAGGAAGGAGCCCGCCAAUGCAGUCAUUCAAUUGGUGAUGUCUGACCCCAACAACCCCGAGAACCGUCAAGUCGUCAAGAUGGUGAGAGUGCCUCAUCCUAUCAAGCAGCCGGUCGAGUAUCAGCCCAAGUCACCCUAUGUCCCCAACAACGGCCGACUCUCGUACCAACAGCAGCAGCAGCCUUCUCCUACACCUUCGCAUUUGAUGUCACCGGCGUUGCAGCCUGUCUUGUCAACAACUGGAUCAGGACCUGCCGUCUUGGCCACUCAUACCCACCAUCAUCAUCAGCAUACCACCAUCACCACCAACACCAACGGAAGCAACGGCCACCAUCAUCAUCAGAGUAACAACCAAUAUGGCGCAUCGCAUCCUGUACAGCAUUUCAACCCCCAUCAGUACCAACAAACGGCGCCCCCUCCUAUUCCUUCCCGACCCCUACAACAACAAAUCUUCCCGUCAUACCCUGUGCAUCCUUAUGCGCCUCCUACCCAGCCUUACCCGAUGGUCAUGGUUGAUCGCAAGGAGUCUAAUGGUGGUGCCGGUCACCCCCAGCAGCAGCAACAUCAACAGCAACAACAACAGCAAGGAGGAGGCGGACAUGCCAUUUCGUGGAGUUCUGGGGGAUAUCCUUAA